UCCGAAGCUAGCCAAUCAUGUAUCAUGUCAAGCCUUCCUGUAAAAUUGCGGCUUUCUAAUCAAUACGCUCAAUACGGAUGCCUACAGAAUAAAAUGUAACAUGGUUUGCCCUUCCUACACCUCCUCUCCCUUCUUAUCUGUUUUUGCUUACCCAUCUACUGUUUAACAACCGGUAUUCUAUUGUCCGCAUAAAUAAUACGAGCAAGAGAAAUAUGCGCCAACUGCCUAGUCACAGCAAAGAUCGGCUCCCUGUGCGCUCCUACGCUCGUAGAGUUGGGAGCAUCAUACUGAAAUAUAGCAUCCGUUACCCCAUCGCUCAUUUGCGCAACAUGUCACCCGCUUCUCGUCGUAACGGGCGUAUUCGUCGAGUCAUAAAUUUAGAAUCCGAUCCCCAUCAUGCGAUAUGUGGCACUGAAAGGAUGGCAUCGGGGCAGCGCCAACUGGCCGAGUCUCUAAGUAGGAGAGUGGAGGGCAACGUACCGCGUCCCUUGUAUCGGCACUGGAUCGAAGUUCCAAACUCAGACCCCCCAGAAAGAUGUCUCCAGAUUGAUCAGAGGGGGCUAAAGCAAAGGCGCCGGUUGUCUUUUGAUGGCGAACAAAAGCGGUCCUCGGGAUUUCCUCGCAAUGUGGUAGAAUCGCCCCAAAAGCGAUGCUACAUUCUCGAUCUUCCAGCCGAGAUCAGAUGCCUUAUCUGGGAGUAUGCGGUCGGCAACCGGACGAUUCAUAUCUUCUACAACAACCCUGUAAAGCCAUGGGAGGAGGGCGACAACACAUUACCAAAGCUCAGAUGUGUAGAAUGCAACUAUAGACCUAGCCCGAAUGGCUGGGAGAAUCUGGAACCCAUGAACCCAACCUGCCCGGACUGCGGUGUGAUUUGGGACUCUUGCGCCGAAUGUAGAGGAAAGGUGGACUGGAGAAAUACAUUGUCACCAGAUUGGAACAUAUUACCGCCGCCGGGACAGUGGGGUACUUGCUCUAUGGUUGAUAUAAAACGCGAGUGGCAGCCUUUAGACCUACUUGCCACCUGUCGACAAAUCUACACCGAAGGCAUCCACGUUUUAUAUAGUACCAACACCUUCUGUUUCCCGCUCCCAGCACCAUGGCGUGGCACGCCACAUGCGCAGCCCAAGCCAAUCGAAGACUUUUCGUCGUCGAUUCUACCCCAGCGACUGAAACAGAUCACUCGUGUCUCUGUAGGCAUAUAUUUCCCGCAGUUCAAAUCUCUCAACAAUGUGUUAGCUCAGAACCUGCCCGGGCUUCGAUACGUCGAGCUGCGGGCGAGGAUACCUCGGAGAGAUUACGAGACCAACAUGGAUCCAGACACAGGCGCUCUUUCACAACUCGUGUCUGGGGUGAGGGGCAGAGUGGCAGGGGCCAAAGUCGUACUGAGAGCUGAUCUAGAUGACAGUGUCCCUCCCAGGCUUGGCACUCAGCUGCCUGAGGGACUGGAAGUCGUCAUGACCCCUGAUGAGGCAUGGGAAAGGAGUGGUUUCCCAUUUUGGAGAUUCUAAGACAUUGACAAGUAUGGCCACCUAGUCAGGACGUAUAUAACGUGUCUAGAUAGCCAUCUUCAACACAUGUUGAUCCCGGGAAACACUGCCCUGUAAUACCAAAAAGCUAGGAAUAUUGGGUAUCUUCCAUCGCAACGUGUGUUUGUCCACAAUUAUAUGGAACGUAUGGUGUCUAACAUCCUAAUGGCGGUGCAAAGGCUGUCUUAAGCGGCGGGUGGCUUUGAAUACUCGUUUCUUUCGUCGAUCCCCUAUUAUUAUAUAGUCACAACGAAUAUUAGAUUGCGUUUAAAAGA